UCACUCACUUACUCUCAUACCCGCCCCUUAGGUUCCUAUAAGAAAGUAUAUAAGUAAUGAUAUAAAACAUAUCCCAUAUUUCAGUAGUUUAUUAUAAAGUUAGUGUAGUGUUUGGCCAACCGUUAGUUUAUACUGUUUUAACUUCCGAUACAUAAUACCAAAUGUAUUUACUAUUAUUGUUUGCCUGUUGUCUCAUAACAAUUGACGCCUCCCUGGAGGGCAAAGUGUUGCCCCCGAAGGCUGUCUGCAUGGACUUGAGAAAUGGUGUCCGAAAGAAUGGAGGUAUUGAGAUGUUCGCGGAGGCAAAUGGUGUGGUGUUGGAGUCAGCCCUACAACUCUAUAAAGACUGUGUCUUAUAUGACGAGGGCUUCCGGUAUAAGCGAUUGAUGAAAGUGUUGUCUUAUAAUGAAUAA